AACCACUUCAACAAACCGACCGAAAUCAGAUUUUCGCUCUUCGAUACGCACAUAUCGAACAGAGCGGGAUCUUGACCACCCAACAACACCGCAAUCAUGGCUGACGAAUACAACGCCGAGGAGGCCGCUGAGAUCAAGAAGAGAAGAACCUUCCGCAAGUUCUCCUACCGAGGAAUCGAUCUCGAAGCCCUCCUCGACCUCGGCUCCGAUGAGCUCCGCGAUGUCGUCCACGCCCGUGCCCGCCGCAGGAUCAACCGGGGCCUCAAGCGGAAGCCCAUGGGCCUGAUCAAGAAGCUCCGGAAGGCCAAGCAGGAGGCCAAGCCCAACGAGAAGCCCGACCUCGUCAAGACGCACCUCCGCGACAUGAUCGUCGUCCCCGAGAUGAUCGGCAGUGUCAUCGGCAUCUACUCCGGCAAGGAGUUCAACCAGGUGGAAAUCAAGCCCGAAAUGGUCGGCCACUACCUCGGCGAGUUCUCGAUCACAUACAAGCCUGUCAAGCACGGUAGACCAGGUAUCGGUGCCACGCACUCUUCUCGUUUCAUUCCUCUGAAAUAAGGGCUGUGGGGUAUGGGUGGUUCUUGCAUUCAGUCAAUCAUGGUCUGGCGAAAACGGACAAGGUUUUGCUUGGUGUUAUUUACUAUCCAUAGAUGAUAGGAACAUGAGCAACGUGAUUGAACCAAGCCAGCUUCCAAAUAUUGCGUCUAUAAAAUGAACUGGACCUCUUGCGAAUGGCGUCUGCUAUGUGCUGUCUGGCUGGGAGGUUUUGAAACUAGUCAGCUUUCCGUGGUCAGCAUCCAAAAACGCCAGCAUCCGUAGACGCAAGCAUCUUACUAUUACGAUUCCUUGUGUGUACGAUCGUCAUUGUAUUCAAUCCCAUCCAGGGACUUAUUUUACGUAUGUUGGCCAAUAUUGGGGGCCAUUGCUACUCGACUCCCCAAACACCAGCCAUGCC